AUGACUAAUCAGACUAUUGCACGAAUUUAUCAAUAUAUUGGAAUGGCUUACUUUCAUGAAAAAGAAUAUGAUAAAACCUCAAUCAAUUUAAAACAAGCUUAUGAUAUAGUAAUUAAUAUUAAUGAUAAAAUCUCGACUGGUAUAUUAAUAGAACAAAUUUCUAAUAGUGUAAAUGGACUUGGAGCUGUGUAUUACGAAACAGAUGAUUAUGAUUUAUCAUUAUAUUAUUAUUCUCAAGCAAUGGAAUUAUAUGAAUCAAUAUUACCACCAAUUCACCAAGCAAUAGGUAUGACUCUAAAUAAUAUCGGUCUUGUUUACUGCAAUACUGAUUAUCAUCAAAGAGCAUUAGAAUAUCUUUUUCUAGUCGCUCAAAUUCGAGAAAAAUCUUUGUCUAGGGCUCAUCCUGGUAUUGCUGAUACAUACUGUAAUAUGGCUAUGACUUAUACUCAAAUGCGUAUGUAUGAAUCAGUAUUAGAAGAUUAUAAGAAAGCUAUUCAACUUCAUGAAUAA